GCUCAAUGUACAAUCCUUUCCAAUUGGCAAUUGCCAAGUUUUCGGGUUUGUCCGGGCUUGACGAAGGAUCAUGUAAGAUCCUGACGUGCCUAUUUUUGUCGUUUCCUCUAAGUGCGAUCUUCAAACGAAUUCCAGAUCAAAAAAUACACUUCAAGAAUUAUUACAUUAUAGCGGUCAGUGCCGUGUAUAUCUUUCUCAUACUUGAGAUUUGGUCAGGUUUUUUUGUGCUUCUGUUUAAUGCGUUGUUCACAUUCGUCCUCGUUAAGUAUUACAAGUCAAGACUUAUGCCGUGGGUCAAUUUGAUUGCGUUGAUGCUUUUUCUCUGCGUGAACCAUCUGAAAGCGCAGUUUUUCGCUCCCGAUUAUGAUCCAUCGGUGAUCGACAUUACUGGAGCCCAGAUGGUUUUGGUUAUGAAGCUCAGCUCCUUCGGAUGGUCUGUUAGCGACGGUCGACUCUAUCACAAAGACAUCGACAAGUUCAAUCACCUCAACACAUACCAGAAAUCUAGAGCAAUUCUGAAAUACCCACCAAUUCUUUACUACCUUGGAUACGUGUUUUUCUAUGGAUCUCUGGUGACUGGUCCUUCUUUUGACUAUAGCGACUACGAGAAAUUCAUUCUGACCGAUAUUUUCAAUGAUGUUCCUCUUGAGAAAAGACCAGGACGUUUUUCCAAACGCAAAAUUCCGCGCAGUGGACGUGUUGCCUUGAGGAGAGUCGCACAGGGCGCUUUCUGGGCCAUUUUGUGGAUCUACGUCAAACCAAUAAUUACGUUGGAUUAUGCCUUGUCUUUUGAAUUUACCCAACAUUCAAUUCUCUACAAAAUCAUCUUCUUAUGGAUCUUGGGCAUUGUCCACAGGAUGAAAUACUAUUCUGUUUGGUCCAUUAGUGAAGCUGGCUGUAUUGUUGCAGGUCUGGGCUACAAUGGGUAUGACCCCAAGACUGGCAAGAUGUAUUGGAACAGAGUUCAAAACAUUGAUCCGUAUGCUUUCGAAACUGGUCAGAAUGUUCACGACUGUCUCGAGGCAUGGAACAUGAAUACGAACAAAUGGUUAAAGAAUUAUAUUUAUCUCAGGACAUGCAAACGAGACCCCAAAAGCGGUCAAUUGAAACCCGGAAUGCUACCGACCUUCCUUACGUUCUUUACAUCUGCUUUCUGGCACGGAACAAUGCCUGGAUACUAUAUGACCUUCAUCAUCGGCGCGUUCAUGCAAACAGUCGGCAAAAUCUUCCGCAGAAACUUGCGUCCUCUUUUCUGUUCUAAAGAUGGCUCUAAUGUGUCAAAGUACAAAUUCCUGUAUGACAUAAUUGGCUGGUUUGUUACUCAGUCAGCGUUUGGAUACAUUGUGCAACCAUUUAUGAUUUUGAGAUUUGUUCCCUCUUUCAACUUGUGGAAAACAUGCUAUUUUUGGGUCCACAUUAGUUGUGUUGCAACCAUUGUUUUCUUCGAUAGUCCUUUGGGAAAGCAAGCUUCCAAGAAAUUACAAAGUUACCAUUUGCAACCAAUCAAGUCUACAAAAAUCCAGGACAAAAAUGUUUCGCUUGCUCGGCUUAGAGAACAUUACAAUUCGGCCACCGAUCUCCAAGACAUCGUGCGCAAAUUACCAGAAUUCGACAACCAGGAAGAGCUGCAAGUUGAAAAUGUCGUGGUUCCUGAUAUCCAGGAAAUAAAGGAUAAUUAUGACAAAUUGGCCAAAGAGGUUGACGACUGGGUCAAAGCUAACGAGAAUGCUGCUGUCGACAAAGAGGAAAUUGACGCUGUUCACUCUGCGUUGGCAAAUAUCGAAAAAGAUGUGCGCUCUUACUUGGAGAAUAAGAAAGCCGACUGAAGGCUCAAUCGUCGUCACUUUCAUCGAAAAGAUCAAUGCCAGCCAUAAUUGCGGCCGCGUCCUUCUUUUCAGGGCUCGCAGAGGUUUUGAAACUGUUACGACGUUCAGGGACAAAUUCAUCAUCGUCUUCAACUGCUUGUUUCUGUGUUUCCUCAGUAUCUUUCAUUUGGAUAUCAUCUUCGUCAUCAGGUUCACCAUUUUCGUGCCUCACGAUUUUCUCUGGCAUUAGAGACGCUGUCGCGAGCAUUCCUCGUCUCAUAUUGUCAUCACCGGGCCAGAUAAAGUUAUUUGGCAAGAGGAAACCAUCAAAUGUGCGCGGAAUUUUGGAAAAUUUAGCGAGUUUCAUGGCAUAUGCCACAAGUUCCUUUACGGCAUUCAGCUUCGGUUUCCGGGUUUCCGCCGAAUCCUCCAGCUGCAAUUGCUCAUGAGUACUUAGCUUGGGUAAAUCAUUUAAAUCCUUUCGACAUUCUAUCAGUGAUGUGAGUAUAUUUCUCAUUCCAUCGUUCAGUCGUAGAUUUUCUUUGCUCUGUUCAAAUACUUGGUUUCGCUUUAAUUCAUGCAGUCUUUCAAGCUGGGUUAAUUCUUGGUUAAUCGUGUCCAUAGUGGCUACCAGUUUGGCAGCAACCUCAACGCUUGGCUCAUACUGCUGAAUUGAGUUUGUGAGUUCCCUGAGCUGGCCUUCAAAAGCAUCAACCUGCUGGUAUAUAAAA